AUGUCCACUUUGUGGGUCUACAACUCGACACCAGAGGUUAAUGCUCAAUCCAACUAUCCAUUGAUCUUGGGGGUUUCAUCCCCAUUGCUGCUGUUGAUGCUCAUCACGGUCGGCACUCGAUUGUAUGUCAGGGUCCGUACGGUGCGAGGAAUUGGCGCCGAUGACUGGGCUGUCGUGAUUGCGGCGCUGUGUAGUAUUAUUUAUAACUCCUGCACGAUUGCUCAAUCAAGAUGGGGUUUAGGUCUGCCGUUAGCUCUUAGGCCACUGGUCAACUUGAAUACAUAUUCUGUAGUCAAUUAUGCAGGUCGUCCUUUCUACAUGAUGGGGAUCCUGGGUUUCAAAGUCUCGCUUUGCUUCUCCUACCUGCGCAUCCUUUCUAUGGGCCAGCCAAAAUAUCGUCUCUUGGUUUGGUUUGUAAUGAUACUCUGUAUCCUAGGACAUUUGGCUGGAACUUUUGUCCUAAUUUUCAACUGCAAUCCGGUUCAAAGAUCGUGGCACCCCGCGACAAAUCCAGGAACAUGUCUUCCAGUCGGCCCCUUAUUCCUAGGUCUAGCUAUCACUUCAAUCGUAUUCGACGUGAUUAUUUUCUUCCUCCCCAUCCCUUUUCUAUACGGCUUGCGCAUGGAUAAACGGAGGAAAUUCGGCAUCAUAGCUGUUUUUGCCCUCGGCAUUUUCACCACCGUUUGUUCCAUCAUGCGCAUGACGGAAAUCCCGGUUAUUGCGACGGGCAGCGGCAAUUCUACCAUGUUGGUUCUGUGGGGGAACAUUGAGUUGAAUGUUGGGAUCAUCCUAACCUGCAUGCCGGUCCUAGCUCCUCUCUUCAAAGUCUUCAGUAAGAAAUUGAUCUCUUCGGGUAAGACGUCGGGCAGUAAUCCGUAUGCGCAUACGGGGAGUCAUAAUAUGCAGGUUUUUACCAAUAGUAAAUCACAGCAGCGGGCUACGGUUACGAAUUUCAAUUCGAGUGGCAAUGUAAAUGGGAUUGGGAAUGUAAAUGCGAGGGUGUUGAGAGCGUCGAAAUAUCCGGGGGAUGUGAGUGAUAAUGAGAGUCAGGAGACGAUUUUGGGGAAGGGGGGGAGGGAUAAGGAGGGGGGUGGGUAUGAGGGGAGUGAGGGGAUGGGGCUGGGGAGUCAAAGUGGGAGGAGUGGUAUAAGUGAGGAUAGGAGGAGGAGUGUAGAUAGGAGUGGGAGAGUUAGUGGGAGUUGGAUUAGUGAUGAGAGUAAGGGUGGAGAUGGAGAUGAAAAUCGCAAUGAUAAUGGGUUGGAAUUCGAGGGCAUAAUGAGGACAGUAAGAGUCGAUGUCAGUAGUGAAGAACGAGGGCUUGGAGAAGAUGUUUUAGACAAUAGGCGUGGGAAUAUGUGA